AUGGGAGUUGUCACCUACCUUUGCCUUUUUGGUUUCCUGGUCUCCUAUUCUUUCCCAGGAGCAAAGGCCAGAUCCUGUCCCAGGAAUUGGCUGAAAUCCCAGGGCAGCUGCUAUGCAUAUUUUGACUCUGAGAAAACUUGGUCUGAAGCUGAGAAUGAGUGCCUGAGCUAUGGCUGUGGGACCCAUCUUGCCUCCAUCCUCAAUGAGAAAGAGUCAGAUGUGGUGGCCAAUUACAUCUCUGCAAACCAGAAGAAUGCAAGCCAGGUCUGGAUUGGGCUGCAUGAUCCCACUGAGAGAGGACAUUGGAGGUGGUUGGAUGACGAGAUCUACAAUUACAAACGCUGGGAUUCUCAUCGCCCAGACAACUACAACAAUGAAGAAUAUUGUGUGCAUCUGCUAAAGGACGCAGGUUUUAAGAAAUGGAAUGAUGUAAAAUGCAACAACAAGUAUGCCUUCAUCUGCAAGCAAUAA